AUGGCAGCACAGCUCACCCCUUCGAAGCAGGCUGCUUCCUCUCUGGAGAACCUCAAGAUGAGCGACUCCCCGGUCAAGAAGCUCAAUUUCGAGCCCUCCAACAAGGAGAACGCUCCCGUGUCUAGCGCCCCCGUCGAGGCUGCUCCCACCAAGGUCGAGCUCGUCGAGAAGCCCGCCAACGAGGCUCCUAAGGUUGCUCCUGGCAUCAAGGACUUCGAGGCUUCUGAGCCUCUGCUCCAGGAGAACCCCCACCGUUUUGUUCUCUUCCCCAUCAAGUACCACGAGAUCUGGCAGAUGUACAAGAAGGCCGAGGCUUCCUUCUGGACUGCUGAGGAGAUCGAUCUGUCCAAGGACCUGCACGACUGGAACAACCGCCUCAACAAUGACGAGCGCUACUUCAUCUCCCAUGUCCUGGCUUUCUUCGCCGCGUCUGACGGCAUCGUCAACGAGAACCUCGUCGAGCGUUUCAGUGGCGAGGUCCAGGUCCCUGAGGCUCGUUGCUUCUACGGUUUCCAGAUCAUGAUGGAGAACAUCCACUCCGAGACAUACUCCCUUCUCAUCGACACCUACAUCAAGGAGCCCAAGCAGCGCACCUACCUCUUCGACGCUAUUGACACUAUUCCCUGCAUCCGCAAGAAGGCCGACUGGGCCAUUCGCUGGAUCCAGGACAAGGAGUCCACUUUCGCCCAGCGCUUGGUUGCCUUCGCUGCUGUUGAGGGUAUCUUCUUCUCUGGCUCUUUCGCCUCUAUCUUCUGGCUGAAGAAGCGUGGCCUCAUGCCUGGUCUGACCUUCUCUAACGAGCUGAUCUCUCGUGAUGAGGGUCUGCACACCGACUUCGCUUGUCUGCUGUUCUCCCACCUGAACAACCGCCCCUCACCUGAGGUUGUCGAGAAGAUCAUCGUUGAUGCCGUCGACAUUGAGCAGGAGUUCCUGACGGACGCCCUCCCCGUUGCCCUCCUUGGUAUGAACUCCAAGCUCAUGUGCCAGUACAUCGAGUUCGUUGCCGACCGCCUGCUGGUCUCUCUUGGCAACAAGAAGUACUACAACGCCACCAACCCCUUCGACUUCAUGGACAACAUCUCGCUCGCUGGCAAGACCAACUUCUUCGAGAAGCGCGUCGGUGACUACCAGAAGGCCGGUGUCAUGGCCAGCACCAAGAAGGACCCCCAGGAAGCCGAGAAGAACAUCGAGAACGGUGGUGCCUUCACCUUCGACGAGGACUUCUAA